CCACCGCUACCCCCCAUCGCUUGACCUGACUGAGAUUGGCCUCAGCCUCGAGAAGAAUCACCACCGCGAGGCUGGGUCGUGUUGUCAGCAGUAUACCGGCCAACAUACACCAUGCCGUGUUUCAAGGGAAUCGCGGUCAGUAUUCAUGCCAACGGGGCACCACUCCCUGAGCAUGGCAUGCAGAAACAAUCACGAUUCUCGCGCAUCAGCACCUACAUACCCGUUCCGCAGCCCCAGGUUGACCUCAGUAGCAACAAACCAGACCCUGCGAAGUUUGCCAUCUCGAUCACAUUGCUGACUCCUGGCCUCCCGAUCCCCUACUCGGCACCCAAGCCCACAGACGAUAAUCCGUACCCCAAGCCCCAGUACGUCGGAGGUCACUCCAACGCGCCUUCAGAGCGGAACAAGGGCUCAUGGAACGUGAACCCGUACAUCCCCAUGACGAACUCGGAAAACGAGACUAUUGCUGCCUACAUCUACUUCGAUGGCAGGUCAAAGGAAGAGGUGGCCACACUUCUCCGACCUGGCGAGGAGACAUGGGUGAAUAGUCGAUGGGUACAAGUUCCCGAUGUCGAAGGCGGCGGGCUGGCAGAGCGAGAGUUCUUGUUUCGCGAGGUUGGAUUGGAACGCUGGUUGAAUGGCCUCGAUUUGAAAGGCCACGAUGCUGCAGAGAAGCUUGAACGACGCCGGCAAAGGUUUGAAAGGCGCCGUCGACGACAAGGAGCUACCAACGAACCUAUAGCAGCGAAAUCAGGAGAUGGUGGUAGAGGGUCUCGAGACGCCUUCAGGUACGGCGCUGAUGCAGGGUCUCCCGUGGAGGCUGUUCUAGACGACAUGAGCUCCGAUUCUCUUUCUGAUGACGAUGAACCCCCCGAGGCAACUGGGCAGAUCAAGGUCCUCAUGUUUCGGGUGCUCGCCUCUGGCGAGAUCAAGAAGGGGGAAUACUCUCCGCAAUUCGAUGCCCACGAUGAUGAUGACGAGGCAGAAUCGGCUACCAAAGGCAAGAGCAACGGCGGCGGAGGGAUGGAUGCCGACGUCGAGCACACGACGAGCUUUGCCAAGCCUAAGACUCUCGAUCCUAAGACGAUCAGUACCCAGACUGUCACUGGAAUCGAUGGCCCAGAUAAGCCAUACGCAUCAUUUACCUUCUUUUACCGCGGCGAACGCAAGCCAGCUUCAAAAGAUUGGAGUCCUCGCUUCCUCCAAGGUUCCCCAACCUACGCCGGGCUCAGCCAAAAGGCGGUCUGGUCAGCUCGACUUUUCAACUUUGGGACCUCUCAAGUCAACUGGGACAGUCGGCUUCUCAACCUUUCGCGAUCAGAAGACGGACGCCACAAGGCGGCGCAAAGCUCGGAAGAAGACGAAGUUCUUGGCAAGAUGGAGGAUAUUGAAGAGAAAGACCUCGGCUCAAAGAUGACGCCUGAGGAUGGCCAAUAUUCGGGUGAACUUGCUGACGGCGUGAACCGUAUACGUCUUAAGCGAGCGCUGUCUGCGGAUCCAGGCUCUGUGGCCACUGAUAAUGACACCACAAACGCGGGUGGUGACUCGGCCGUUCAAGCUUCAAUUGCUACGCAGGCGACCAGUCUGACGUCGGAAGCAGCAGCGAUUCUUGAGCCGACGCUACCGAGCUCUGUCUUCGGCAGCCCCCUGAAGAAGCAGCGUCCGAGUAUUCCGGGUCCAGGUGAUCAGGUUCCGCCUCUCGGCCUAGCUGCGUCCCUGUUGGAUGGCAGUGUUGCACAGUCUACCAUGCCAUCUCAGCCGAGCACCAAGAGAGAGGAGGUAGAGGAAGACUUGUGA